AAGAGCCUAAAAUUGCUUUGAGCUUAUGAACACCACCGUUAUACCUCCUCUCCUACGGCAAAAAUGUCAACUUUUCUUGCCAAAGUUCUUCCGAGUACGCCAUCAAUCUACACUUUCUUUAAAUCAAAAUCUUGUUUUUCUGCUGCAAUCAUGCAAAGGAACUUUAGAAAUAAGUCAAAUCCACGGAUUAAUGAUCAAGACUGGCCUCGACCUGGUCCCCUUCACUCUCAGCAAACUUCUUGCCAAUUCGAUCCACCACACCAGUUAUGCAGCCAAGAUUCUCAAAUACAUUAAAAGCCCGAACCUUUACAUGUUCAACACCUUGCUUAGAAGCUAUUCAAUCAGUGAUCAACCAAGAGAGGCCCUUAUUCUCCUCAAUCAUAUGAGGGCACAGAGUUUAAUGCUUGAUCAGUUCACCUUUGUCUCUGCCCUCAAAUCUUGUGCCCGUGCUUCUGAAAUAUGGGCUGGUUUAGGUGUUCAUUCGGUUCUCUUGAGAAAUGGGUUUGUCUUAUUUCUCAAUGUGAUGAAUAGUCUCUUGCAUUUCUAUUGUGCUUGUGGGUGGGUCAGUGAUGCACACAAACUGUUUGAUGAAUUUUCUGUGGAGAGAGACUUGGUGUCGUGGAACACUUUGAUGGGUGGGUAUCUUUGUGUACACAAGUAUAGCAUAGUUGUAGAUUUGUUUAAACAGAUACAUAGAGAUGGUAUAGGUGUUAGUGUUACUACAAUUUUGGGUAUUUUGUCUGUUGUUGGUGAGUUAAAGGGUCAUGUUUUAGGAGGAGAAUGUAUACAUGGGUAUUGCAUCAAGAUUGGUCUUUCUAUGAAUUUGAAUGUGACCAGUGCUUUGAUUUCGAUGUAUGGAAAAACAAGUGGCAUUGGUUCAGGGCGCAAAGUCUUUGACGAAGCCGAUGCAAAAGAUGUCGUCUUGUGGAAUUGUUUGAUAGAUAGAUACGCUAAAAGUGGAAUGCCAGAAGAAGCAUUCAAGUUGUUGAGUUUAAUGAAGGUUCAAGGAGUGAAGCCAAAUUCAUCUACCUUUGUAGGUUUGCUUUCAGUUUCUGCAGCCUCUGGUGGCCUUAGUGUUGGCCGAUGCGUCCAUGACUACAUAAAAGAGCACCAGUUAGUAAUAGAUGCAAUUUCGGGGACUGCUCUUAUAAACAUGUAUACAAAGUGUGGUUUACUCAAAGAGGCUAUAGAAGUUUUUGAUAAUGUAGGCAGGAAAGAUCUUAUGUGUUGGACCGCUAUGAUUUCUGCCUAUGGAGUACAUGGCCAGGCAGAAAACGCGAUUUUACUUUUUCACAGAAUGGAGGAAGAAGGGUUCAGGCCUAAUGAAGUCACAUUCUUGGCAGUGUUGAAUGCCUGUAGCCACAAUGGAUUGAUUCUUGAUGGGAAGAGGUGGUUUAGGAGAAUGGUGGAGCGAUAUUCCUUGUCCCCAAAGGUUGAGCACUAUGGAUGUGUGAUUGAUCUCUUGGGCCGUGCUGGGUUGUUAGAAGAAGCCCGGAAACUAAUCAAGAGCUUGCCCGUUGAGGAGGAUGCUACUGCAUGGCGUGCGUUACUGGCAGCUUGCAGAGUAUAUGGCGACGUUAGUUUAGGGGAACAGGUUAAGAGAGAAUUGGAGCAAAGAUUUGAUGAACAUCCAGCUGAUUCACUCACCCUCACUAGUGCCUAUGCCAUUGCGGGAAGGAUGGAAGAUCAUGCAAGCAUGCUUGAGAAGAUUGAAGGCAAACCAAUAGAAGAAUGGAAAUACUUUCCUAUUGGAAAGAAGCAAGUAGGGUUUAGUCGAGUAGCUGCAUGAUCAGAGGUCACGGUUCAGUAAUGCAAAGGAACAAUCAUAUUGAUCAACACAAACUCAAAAAACUGAAGGUACCAAAUUCAACCGGUUUUAAUGUCUUGUGCUUCCCAAUUAUCAAAAACUGGGUUUGCAGCGUUAGUGGUUUAUGAAAUUAUCCUUAAAAGUCUUUUUGUUACUGAGCUUAAUUAUAUGCAAAUCUUAUAUUUAGCACUGCCUGCAUAUAUGCGAGCUUAAAGUUAGAAUCUUGAACAGAAAUGGUGAAGACAGUAUUUGCAUGGCGUUACGGAGGUCAUGAAGUUUAUCUUAUGGUUCCAGCAAUGGGUGGGGUGAUAGAACAGUGAUGAAUUUGGUGAAUGGUUUGACCAUGGAUUUAUUCAUCUUCCACCAGGUUAUCAUCAGCUAUGAAUGUAUGAUGUAAAUUGCAUUUCAUGAGAGUGAAUUAACUAUGAAUCAAUGUGAAAAAUUGAACAUAAGAGGCUUAUUAUGACUGCUAAUAUGUUAUACUACACAACAAA